UUAAAAAAAAAAAACUAAAUUUUUUUAAUAAAACAAAAAACCAAUAACAGUUAAAUAAAGUAUCUGUGUAAUAAAUGUCAAGAAGUUCAGCUUGCAGCCUAGUGGUUGUUUUACCUCCCAUCAUAUACGAGAUGUGGGUUCAAAUCCCAUUACAAUUUUUUUCGUUUUUUGGCUUUAUAACCUCAUUUCGAAUUCUCGACAUUUAGAAAAUUAGAAGUCAGAACAUUUCUCUCAUAACAUUUCCCCCAAAUUGUAAAACCCUAAGUCCCUAACUCCCCUAAAUCGGAAUCCCCAGCCGGCGCCGCCGUUCACCGCCCCGGUUUUUAGCUCCAUCCGUGGCACCGUGUUGUCGCUGAUCAAGUAUAACUCGUAUAAGGUCCGUCCGUCAGUCCGUGGUUCAUAGUUUGUGGAAAUUCGGGGUUUUUUGAGCCGCCGCCGACGUUCACCGCCCCGGUUUUUAGCUCCGUCCGUGGCUCCGUGUUGCCGCCGAUUAGGUGUUUAGGUAUAAGGUCCGUCCGUCAGUCCGUGGCUCAUAUUUUGUGGAAAUUCGCGGUUUUUUGAGUGGGUCAUGGCUUUUAAAGGCCUCCAUUCCUAUUUCCUACCUCUCUGAGUUAUUUCAUUGAAGUGCACUCAACGUUCUCCAUUGAAGCGUUCUCCGUUGAAUCUAAUUCUUGUAUCCCCCAUCGAAGCAGCUUCUAAGAGUUCAAGGAAGAAGAAAGAAUGGUGGCGAAGCUCAACGAUGAACCAAACAGGGAAGCACAGGUGAAAGUAGAAGGGGAAGAAGAAGAGGAGGAAGAGGAGGGUUGGUCUUCAGAUUCUGAUAUUGGGGAGGCUUUGGAUUGGUUGGAUUUAAAGGACAUCGAUGAGGGCGGUUAUGAAGGUGGAUCAAUCACUCUUAAUGCUCGACGGCCUAAUGCUCAUGGAGGGACAUUGUCUAGGCUAAGCUCUUCAACACUUCAGCCUCUCUCGAAUCGUACCCAGAAGUUUACUCAUCACAUCCGACCUUCUCCACUAGAGGAAUGGGAGGGCAGGACAAAUGUUGGGAUGUCCAACUCAGUCACUACUGCAAUUCGUGAGAGUGUACGGGGGAUGGCUAUUGGUAAAACAAAGAACACGGAGAAAGCAGAUCGUGCAACUGUUGAACAGGCUAUUGACCCCAGGACUCGGAUGGUUCUCUUCAAGAUGUUGAAUCGUGGGGUUUUUAAUGAUAUAAAUGGCUGUAUAUCAACUGGGAAGGAGGCUAAUGUUUACCAUGCAACAAAAUCUGAUGGUGAUGAAUUAGCUGUUAAAGUUUACAAAACUUCAGUUUUGGUGUUUAAGGAUAGAGAUAGAUAUGUACAAGGUGACUAUCGUUUCAGAUAUGGGUAUUGCAAGCACAAUCCUCGGAAAAUGGUCAAGACAUGGGCAGAGAAAGAAAUGAGGAAUCUUAUAAGGCUGAAAGCAGCAGGAUUACGCUGUCCUACACCUAUUCUUUUGAGACUCCAUGUUUUAGUCAUGGAAUUCAUAGGCAAGGCAGGUUGGGCAGCACCUCGACUCAAAGACGCAUCUUUAUCUCUUGACAAGUUGCGAGAAAGUUAUGUGGAGAUUAUUACAGCAAUGCGGACUCUGUAUCAGAAGUGUAAACUGGUACACGGGGAUCUCAGCGAGUAUAAUAUACUAUAUUAUGAGGGUCACUUGUAUAUUAUUGAUGUCUCGCAAUCUGUUGACCUUGAUCAUCCUCAUGCACUUGAUUUCUUACGUGAAGAUUGUCUUCAUGUUUCUGAUUUCUUUAGGAAAAAUGGUGUGGCUGUGAUGAAUAUCCGAGAACUUUUUGAUUUCAUUGUGGAUCCAACCAUUGCUGAUGAAGCCGUUGAUACUUAUUUGGAAGAGGCACAACAAAAGAUUUUAGCUAGAGGGGAUGUGAUGUCUGCUGAGGAGCAAAUUGCAGACUCUGUAUUUGUUCAGUCAUUCAUCCCAAAAACAUUAGAACAAGUCAAAGAUGCUGAGGAAGAUGCAUUUCGAUUAACUAGUGGGAAGGAUACAGGUGAUAUGUACUACAAAACCAUCACUGGACUCAAGUCGGCACUUAGUGCAACUGCACAGAAAGACCAAAAGAAUGGGAAUCAAGUAGCAGCUACUCAUUCUGAUUUGAGUGUCAGUGAAUCAGAUUCUGAAGAUGAAAGCGAAGAUGAGGGUGGAAGUUCUGGUGAAUUGGAAGGGAAGGAAAGCAAGCUGUCCCCGGAAGAUAUAAAGGCUUCCAGGAAGGAGAACAAGAAGAAAGUUAAAGAGGAGAAGAGAGAAGCUAGGAAGAACAAAACCCCGAAAGCCGUUAAGAAGAGAAAAAAGAAGCUUUCCAAAGCUCACAAAACAAGGUAGUUUAUUCUAGAUACAUGAACAUAGAAGCAAGUUUUGUAGAAUUAGUCGCUCUGAAGGAAAAAGAACCAACCCUGAGAUGAAAUAAACCAUUAUUAAUUUUCAUUUUUGGUAAUAUAUUUGAGCUGAAAUUUGUGUUUGUUUAAUAUA